AUGGAGGUGGGUGACGCGGAGGGCCGGGAGGAGGUGGAGGGCAAUGAGAAGGGUCGGGAGGAGGCAGAGGCGGCGGAGGGAACAGGCGGAGGUGGGCGACGCGAGCAGGCGAGGACGCGGAGGAGGGCACGCGACACGGCAAUGGGCGCGCGACACGGAGAAGGGAGACACGGGCGGAGGCGUCGUGGGCCGGGGAGGGUGAAGCGGAGAACUGGGACGAUAUGGACAAGAGGGAGGGCCGUGCGGACGCAGAGGUGGGUGACGCGGAGCAGGGCGGUACGGAGGAGGACGACGCGGGUAGAGGAGGAGGAGGGCGACGCGGAGGGUCGCAAUGCGGCGGAGAGAUGGGCGACACGGGCAACGCAGAUGCGGGCAACGCGGGGGCAGGAGGGUGACGCGGAGGGCUCUCGGGAGGAGGUGAAGGGCCGGGACGAGGGCCAGAAUGAGGCAGAGGAGGUGGGCGAGGUGGGGGGCCACGACGGGGGCGGAGAUGUGGAGGGCCGGGAGGAGGCAGAGGAGGUGGUGGUGGGCGACAUGGAGGGUUGCAAUGUGGCGGCGGAGGUGGGCGACACAGGCGGAAGUGGGCGAUGCAGCAGCGGAGGACGUGGAGGAGGUGGUGGGCGACGUGGACUAGGAGGUCGAGGGCGGUGGCAGGCCGCACGGGUGAAGCAAGGGGAGAGGAGGUGGGUGUUGGGAGUGCAAGAGAGCGGAGUAGAGGACUCACCAAAACAAGGGCCGCGGUACAUCAUUGCGGCCCCAGAUUCUGAUCUCCAUCCUGAGGAGGUCCAGACGGCCAUCCUCGUGUGGUGUCGGUGUUGUGAUCGUGGCCGGCAGUGGUUUGCGAGGACUCAGGAGGCACGUGAGGUUUCAGAGCGGCCAGCCAGGGUUGCUUUACACAACUCCACGGCUCCGAGCGCCUCCAACGGCUCCGGCUUCAGCAACGACUGCGGCUCCGGCUCCGGGCGCUUCAAGCGGCUCCGGCUCCAGGCGCUUUUCCGGCAGCUCCCCGGCAAAUCAUGUGGGAGCAAGCCUGGAUUCCGGGCCGCGCGGGCCCAUCGCCACUCGCGACAGCGUUUGAAUCUCGACCAUCAUCUUCCCGCAUCCCAUCUGUCCUUCUUACGCUCUCAACGAUAUACGACCGUCUACAUGCCGAGCAUCAAACAUGAUGAGCUCCUAGUCGGUCAGACAGGCGAACAAUUUGUAGAUGUCAGUGGUACUGGAUCUCCACAUAUCCUAUACACAUCCCAUGAUGAACGCCCCACGUUCGGCGAGGUCCCUGGGUGGGUGUUGGUCUGGGAGGGGUCUGAAGCUUCAAGGGUGACGCUUCAGCAAGGAGGUAUGAAGUAUUUGUUAGUGGAUACGUGGUCAGGGAGUACCACAGGCAUUUUGAAGUUUCAUGAAGCGUCGGUGCUCCGCUGGCUCGAGCUCAUAGGCGUUCGCGUCGUAGGGACGACGGCGAUGGAACGUCCAGAGAUCCCACGCGUCUACCAGAGCACUUCACAGGCUACGGAGGUGCAGUGUGAGUGGACGCGCAGCGAGGUCGUAAGGCAUCUCCUGGGCGCGUUUUCGCAUCUGCACCUCAUCGUGCUCGCGCACAGCUGUCCUAUCGUUGCAGCCGAGGAAGAGGUUCAAGGACUAGCGACUGAGGAAGUCGACGACCUCACGAUGGACAAUGGCCUCUUGCAGGAGAUCAAAGCGAAAAGGUGGUGGUGGAGUCACUCGAGUGGGGGACAUGAACUCCCUGGCGGAGAUCUGGGGCAUCCAUUGGGAGCAGGCUAG